AUGCACUUCUUGUCUCUGACCCCGAUUACCCUCUGCACCCUCUCUCUCCUCCUGUCUCGGGCAUUUGGUCAAAGUGAUACUGAGCUCCUGGUCACCACCCGCUCUGGAAAGGUGCGAGGUACCAGGCUAAGCGUCCUCAACAGUCAUGUCACAGCCUUUCUAGGGAUCCCGUUUGCUGAGCCUCCAGUGGAUAAGUUAAGAUUUCGCCGCACAGAGCCAAAGAAGCCAUGGAGUGAUGUGUGGGAUGCAACAGUCUACCCCAAUGCUUGCUACCAGUACUUUGAUACCCUAUAUCCCGGGUUCUCUGGGAUGGAGAUGUGGAACCCCAAUAGGCCAAUGAGCGAGGAUUGCUUGUACCUAAAUAUCUGGGUUCCUCAUCCUCGUCCUUCAAAUGCCACAGUGAUGGUCUGGAUCUAUGGAGGUGGCUUUUACAGUGGAUCCUCUUCCCUGGAUGUUUACGAUGGACGUUAUCUUUGCCACACAGAAAAUGUCGUAGUGGUCUCAAUGAAUUACCGUGUAGGAGCUUUUGGCUUCCUGACCCUGACACCCGGAAGUGCUGAUGCCCCGGGGAAUGUGGGUUUGUUUGAUCAGCGUCUUGCACUACAGUGGGUCCAAGAUAACAUAGUGCUCUUUGGAGGAGAUCCCAGGACUGUCACCAUCUUUGGUGAAAGUGCUGGAGGUGCUUCAGUGGGCAUGCAUGUCCUUUCUCCUGGUAGCCACCAUCUCUUUUCUAAGGCCAUAUUGCAAAGUGGUUCUCCUAACACACCAUGGGCUACUGUUACACCCCAAGAGGGUCGACGUCGAGCAGAGCUUUUGGGAAAGCUUUUGGAAUGUAGACAGGGAAAUGACUCAGAAUUGUUGAAUUGCCUAAGAACAAAGCCACCACAGAAGCUCAUUGACCAUGAAUUCUCUGUUCUUCCAGCACCAAGUGUCUUCCGCUUUGCCUUUGUUCCAGUGCCUGAUGGAGACUUUUUCCCAGAUGCCCCGGAAACUUUGUUGAACAUGGGUCGGUUCAAACCAUGCCCCUUGAUAGUGGGUGUUAACCAGAAUGAGGGAUCCUACUUUUUAUUGUACGGUGCACCUGGCUUUAGCAAGAACAAUGAUAGCUUGAUCACUCGGGAGGAGUUCCUUGGUGGGGUGAGGAUGAGUGUUCCACAUGCCAAUGACAUUGCACUGGAAGCAGUGGUGAUGCAGUACACAGACUGGACAGAUGAACAUGCUCCAAUAAAAAACAGAGAUGCCAUGGACCAGUUGGUGGGAGACCACAAUGUCAUCUGCCCCGUGACUCAUUUUGCAGGAAAAGUAUCUGAAUUUGGAAACCGAGUCUAUGCCUAUUACUUUGAUCACAGAGCCUCCAAUAUGGCUUGGCCACAGUGGAUGGGAGUUCCACAUGGCUAUGAGAUAGAGUUUGUCUUUGGACUUCCCCUAGAUCCCAAACUGAACUAUACCAAGCAAGAGGCUGAUCUGAGCCGGAGAAUGAUGAAAUAUUGGGCCAAUUUUUUGCACGGACAGGAGAUCCUAAUGAUGAUACCCGCCAAUCUCGUUGGCCCAUCUAUACAGUGACAGAUCAGAAGUAUUUACCUCUGAAUAAUAUGCCCCUCCAGAACCUGCAGGGAAUAAGGGUCCAAACAUGCACCUUCUGGAAUCGGUUUCUGCCCAAGCUGCUUAACAUCACAGAUAACAUUGAUGAAGCUGAACGCCAGUGGAAGGUUGAGUUCCACCGCUGGAGUGCCUACAUGAUGCGCUGGAAGAACCAAUUUGACCACUACAGCAAGCAGGAGCGCUGCAGCGAGCUGUGA